GCCCUGAACCUGGGAGAGGAGCGUGCGUGGGUCAGCUAAGCCCAGCUAACCGGCUGGUCCCAGCCUCCGCAGGGCCUUUCCCAAGUACAUUUUGAAAGAAGAGAGUGUGGGCCAGAGCAUCCCAGAAACAGUGAAAAUGCACCUAGAAACUGAAGCCGGGGCUUUAAUCGUAUUAGAGAGGGAUAAACCGAGGUUCGCCCCAAAAUCCUUGUGGAGAAGAGUUCCUGUGUGUGCCUACCUAGCCGCUCUAGGCAUGCUGGUGUCUUCUCUUAGUUCGCUCAGCAGUGUUAUUAGUUCAUCAGCAGGUCUUACUAUGGCUGAAGGACACACUCUGUUGUCAGUGGAUUAUGAAAUCUUUGGGAAAGUCCAAGGUGUAUUUUUCCGAAAGUACACACAGGCUGAGGGUAAAAAGCUGGGACUGGUAGGCUGGGUCCAGAACACUGACCAGGGCACGGUGCAAGGACAGAUACAGGGUCCCACUGUCCAGGUUCAAAUCAUGCAAGAAUGGCUUAAGACAAAAGGAAGCCCAAAAUCCCGCAUUGACAAGGCAAAAUUCCACAAUGAGAAGGUCAUCCCAAAGCUGGAACACAAAGAUUUUGAAAUUGUGAAAUAAUAGUAAUCAAAAGACAGUAUUUUUUCCUAGUGUAAUAUGAGUAUAUGCUUAUUUGAAGUGGUAUUAAAUUUAUUAUUUUGUCAUCUGUGUUGUUAAUAUGCAGAACUAUUUGUUAUUGUUAAUAUUUAGGGUGGUCAUUUAACAUGUUAUUUCAAUUAAAUUCAAAUAUUUCUUGAAUCUAAUAAUGCCACAUUGUGGCAUUGCAACUGUAAAUAGGAACUCAAUAAUAAAGAAAUAAAGACAAUUG